AUGGACGGCCUGGGGGAUGGCGAUGGCAUGGGCUUUGAUAUGAGGAUGAUGAACCAGCAACAACAACUAUUUGGUGGCUAUGCUCAUGAUGGUUCGCAAAUGUCCAUGCCGGGAGGAUCCAUGUACCCUGAUGACUCGACGAUGGGUGUCGGGGAUGAAUCGAACGACGCAAAGAGACGCCGCAUUGCUCGGGCUUGCGAUAUGUGUAGGAAGAAGAAGAUCAAGUGCGACGGAAAAAUGCCAAAAUGUUCACAUUGCAUCAACUACAAGACCGAUUGUAUCUUCACACAGGUGGAGAAGAAGCGGAACCCCCCCAAAGGAGCUAAGUACAUCGAAGGCUUAGAAAACCGCCUGGGUCGCAUGGAAUCACUAUUGCGGCUAUCUGGGCUUUUAUCCGAGGACGACAAUGGAAAGACUGAUCUGGGGACGCUUGAAAAACGACUGGCCGAUCGAACAAAUGCCUUGAACGCGGCGAGAAAUAGCAACAAGUUUACAACCCCGAGUGCCGCGCAGCAAUCGGCAACCUCUCACAAUACCACUCCCCGCAUGGACUCACAAUCUAGUCCACAUACCGCCGCCACAUCCCCCGAAUCACAAAGAGAAUCCGAGACGGAAGUGGAGGCGUUAUCAGAUAUGAUGUGUUCAUUGGUGACCAAUAAUUGCGGCGAGACCCGAUACAUUGGCUCUUCAUCUGGGUUUUCAAUCUUUUCUCCUAAGGGUAUCCAAUGGGUCAACGAGAAAACCGGAGACAACUCGUUCCAAGAAAUGAUCUCAUCCGCUUACGUGGACGAUAACAAAUGGAUGUACUGGAAACCGGAGAUCUUUAGCGACAUCUUUGCACGAAGAGUGUUCAAGCCAUUGCCACCGAAGGAAGAAGCUCUUUCGUUAUUCAAGGACUUCUUCGAGAAUUUCAAUUGCAUAUUCCCGUUGUAUCACGAAGCAACGUUCAUGCAUCUGGUGGAUAAACAGUACUCUCGCGAUCCCUAUGAAGGAUCUGGAUGGUGGGCAAGCAUCAACGUCGUGCUAGCCAUCUCCCAUCGACUUCGUGUGAUGAGCAACUUGGUACCACAUGAAGAAGACAAGAAAGCUUGGCUCUACUUGAAGAACGCAAUGGGUGUUUUGACUGAGCUGACAAUGCGAAACACCGAUCUUUUGAGUGUCCAAGCACUCCUGGGCAUGUCCCUUUUCCUACAAGGUACACCAAACCCGCAACCAGCUUUCUUCUUAGUCGCAGCGGCUAUUCGCUUGUCACACAGCAUUGGCUUGCAUAAACGUGGCUCGGGCUUCGGGUUAAACCUAGUGGAGGUAGAGCAACGGAAGAGAGUCUUCUGGAUCGCAUACUGUCUCGAUAAGGAUAUUUGUCUCCGGUCUGGGCGACCACCAGUCCAAGACGAUGACGAUAUGAAUGUGGAGCUCCCCAGCGAGGACCCACCAGACAAUGUGGGCAACGUUCCACUCGCAGAUGGGAAAGGCAAAUUCAAUCUUUUUAGAUCCUUUUGUGAAUUUGCGACUAUUGAGAGCAAAGUUUACAAGAGACUCUAUUCCGCGAAAGCAUCACGGCAGGCCGAUGGUGAAUUACUGAACACCAUCGGCGAGCUUGAUAAAGAACUUGAAGACUGGAAGGACAAUAUCCCAGUUGACUUCCGCCCGGAAUAUGAUAUCCAAGCCACGCAUGGCCCGCUCAUCCUCCACGUUGCAGUUUUGCAUUUUGCAUACUACAACUGUUUGACAACGAUUCAUCGAAUGUCCGUACACCACGGGUACUGGACCAGCCGCUUAUCAAACUAUGCUAUCCAAGGAUUGAAUGCGCGUCCAUUGAAUCCCAGAGUCUUUCUUUCGGCCGUUCUUUGCGUGAGCGCAGCUCGAGCAUCGAUCAAUUUGAUCAAAUACAUUCCCCAGGGCGAUUUUGCUUGUGUGUGGUUGAUAUUAUACUACCCCGUGUCCGCUUUAGUAACUCUGUUCGCCAAUAUCCUUCAAAACCCAAAUGACGCUCGUGCGCGCUCCGACGUUAAAUUGAUGGGCGUGGUUGUCAACUUCCUUUCUACUUUGGUUUCCGACGAAUCCAACAGCAGCAUUAAACGAAUGCUUUCCCUUUGCGGCGAGUUUGAGAGGAUUGCGAGGGUGGUCCUGGACAAGGCCGAAAAAGAGUCUCAUUCUCGCAAGAAGCGGAAGAAUGCACCUGAUGAUUCAGGUCCCUCGCAGCGGGAAGAGGAAGACGCACAGCCAGCCCCCUCUCCAUCCACCAAUUUCGAAGCACCUCCAGCCUCCACACCUUUCUCGCCAUCAAUGUUUACCAAUGAGCCUCCCUCUGCGACCUCUUCGCGUGCCAACGACUAUGGUCCGGAACCUUCAAUGCCUUCCAACGCCGGCAUACCUACUGAUCUACCAAGCAAUGUACAUGGAAUGCCUGGUCUUGGUCAAAGUCUCCCAAAUAUGAUGAGCCCCAACCAGCUGAAUGUUCCAUUCGGCGAUCAACCUGGGUAUGGACCUACUAGUCCCAACAUAGGUGGUCCCUUCCAACAGCCAUUCGUACCUCAAGACUUAUGGCAAAUGCCAAUGACAAUCGAGUGGGAUUGGGCAGACAUGUCCUCUAAUUUCCCCUUUUUCGAGGCCGGAGGUGGUAAUGGCCAAGGGCCUCGGUGA